AUGGCCCUGUUGUGGCCGGACCGUGCACUGCUGGGCAUGGCUCUUUGCUUUUUGGUGGGAGCCGCUGUGUCCCAGGCCUUCCUUCCACACUGCUUGUCCGAGACGCUCAAGGCCAUCAUCGAUGGGCAAGCAUCUGGGCAGCUCGCAGUCUCCACGUUUACAGGCCCUUUGUCGAAUUUGCUGCUUGCAGCGAUCGCAGGAGCGUUCUUUUCCUCGCUGCGGGGUGCAUGCUUCAUCAUCAUCGGUGCAAGGGCUUCGGUGCGCUUGCGAAGGCAGCUCUUGGAAUCUCUUCUGAAGCAGGAAGUGGGCUUUUUCGAUACCACCAAGACGGGGGAGAUUACCUCGCGCCUCACCCAAGACUGUCAACGUGUGGCUGACCAAGUCUCCUUCAACGUAAACUUCUUCUCACGCACGGUGGUCGAGCUGGUGGCGACCUUGUGUUUUAUGCUGUCCUAUUCGACGGAGCUGACCAUGAUCUCCUUCGCCACGGUGCCGCUGGUGGCCGUUCUCUCGAACCGCGUGGGUCACUAUAUGCAGAAGCUUUCCGAAGAGACGCAACAAAAGCUUGCAGAUGCCAAUGCCGUAGCAGAGGAGGCUCUCUCUUCCAUCGCUACGGUGCGCACCUUCGGUGGGCAGAUCUAUGAGCAACGAAGGUUUCAGGAGAAUUUACAGAAGUUCUACCACUUGGAGAGCCGCCGAGCUAAGGUCUACAUUGGUUACCUCUUUGUGAUCAUGAUGUUACCGCACUUGUCCAAUUGCCUCGUGCUCUUCCAGAUUGGUCGUUUGUGUGUGCAGGGUUUGUCGGCACCUGUGCUGCUAGCGUUUGUGUUCUACUUGCAAACCUUGAAUGGUUGCUUCAAUUCAUUGGCAGACAUCUACACGAACAUCAUGCAAGCCCUGGGCUCUGCCACCCGAGUCUUUGAGUUGGUGCAUCGGACACCCAGGCAGCAGCUGCAAAACUUGGGCGGGGAAAUCCCCAAGGAGCUGGUGCGAGGGCAUAUCGAGCUGAAAGACGUCUCCUUUAGCUAUCCUGCACACCCUGAACGUCUGGUGCUGCAGAACUUAAGCUUGGAAUGCCCUCCUGGGAAAGCCAUCGCCUUAGUGGGCCCCAGUGGUGGCGGAAAAUCCACCUGUGUGGCCUUGAUCCAACGUCUCUAUGGACCUCACCAGGGACAUGUGCUGCUGGACCAGCGAGAUGUCUUGGAAUAUGGUGAAAACUACACGGAGCUGGUCUCUGCUGUAAGCCAAGAGCCCCUGCUCUUCGGGUGUAGUAUCCGGGAGAACAUCUUGUAUGGCCUACCGGACGACCAUCCGGCCCGGACGGACGCCUUGUCGCCGGACGUGGUCUCCGCCGCAUGCUUGGCGAACGCGCAUCACUUCAUUCAGCAAAUGGCCGAUGGCUAUGACUCCUGUGUAGGGGAGCGCGGAGUCCAGCUCAGUGGCGGCCAGAAGCAGCGGAUUGCCAUCGCCCGGGCUUUGGUGAGGAAGCCUCAGGUCUUACUGCUGGAUGAGGCGACCAGUGCGUUGGACGCCGAAAGCGAGCUCCAAGUGCAGAUGGCCAUCAACAACUUGGUGGCACACCAUGACAUGACCGUGGUGAUCGUGGCCCACCGGCUCUCCACCGUCAAGAAGGCCGACGUGAUCUACGUCAUCGCACCUCGGAGGGAACUCGUUCGUCCUUCCCUGCGGAGGAACCGGAACAUGGGCAGCGGGCGCUUCGUUCGGGGCUCCUGGCCAUACUACUAG